UUGGGUGGAGACAUCGCCACUGAGGGAUGAUGGAGGUGGAAGGAGAUGGUACUACAGUUUAGAUGAGGGCGGGGCGUUUUUUCCUCCAAGAUGAAGCCAAGUAGCAGCAAACAGUAGCCGGCGCAGGUCCGCAGGAAGGAGGAGAGAGGAUGGUGAUCGGAGGAGCUGCUCCUGUCUGCUGAUACAUCUCAGCCUUUGGAUCCUCCUCAUUUUACGCUCUGCAGCUUUUUGGUUUUUCUUUUUCUGCGAACAUUUCAUCUUCCCUGCGCUUCAUUGAGCGCUCUGUGGCUGUAAGCUUAGAGUGGAUCCAUCACCAUCUUCAGCCAUGUCAGACUCCGAGGAUAUGACAGAGUUCGCCAGCAUCGUGGAGCGCAUCGAGCGGGGAGAGGUCCCAAUCAAGAACAUUGAGCGGGAGCUGAUAUGUCCCAUCUGCAAGGAGCUCUUCACCCACCCGCUUAUCCUGCCCUGCCAGCACAGUGUCUGCCACAAGUGCGUGAAAGAGCUGCUGAUGCUGAACUAUGAGGACUCGUUCGACGCCGGCUCUGAGAGCUCUGUGCCAGGAAGCCCCAGGUCCAGGGUGCCUUCUCCCUCCAUGGAGAGGCUGGACAGGCUGGUUAGAUCAGCCACAGGGCGAAGGUCGUUUGGAAGUCGAGGUAGACGUGGGCUCCGUGUUUUCAGUAGCUAUGGUCCCCGGAAGCGAAGUGGAAAUACUGGCUUACAAUCUGAGAUAAAUCCAGCACUCCUCUCUUCCCCUGUCCCUCAAAAACGUUCAAUUUCAUCGCCAGGCUGGCGCAGAGGCUCUGUGACGCCCCGGGUCACCGCCAUCCCAUGCCCGGGCUGCCAGCAUGACAUUGAUCUGGGCGAACGCGGCAUCAGCAUGUUGUUCCGCAACUUCACCCUGGAGAGUAUCGUGGAGCGCUACAGACAAGCCGCGCGUGCAGCUGUGGCGAUCAUGUGCAACAUCUGUAAACCUCCAAACCAGCAGGAAGCGACGAAGAGCUGCAUGGAUUGCAAAGCUAGCUACUGCAAUGAGUGCUUCAAACUCCACCAUCCCUGGGGCACGCCCAAAGCCCAGCAUGAGUAUGUUGGUCCCACCACAAAUUUUAGGCCAAAGGUACUAAUGUGCCCAGAGCAUGAGAUGGAGAAGGUCAACAUGUACUGUGAAGUCUGCAGACGGCCGGUGUGUCACUUGUGCAAACUGGGAGGCUCCCAUGCCAACCACAAAGUCACUUCAAUGAGUAGUGCUUACAAGAUCCUAAAGGAGAAGCUAGCCAAGAGUAUCCAUUACCUCAUCAGUAAAGAAGACCAGGUCAGGACUCAGAUUACUGAGCUUGAUCGGCUCAUCAAUCAGACCGAGGAAAAUGGACAGGUUGCAGAGCGACAAGCCAAUGAGCACUUUGAACGCUUGUUUGAGACCCUUCAAGAAAGAAAAUCUGAGAUGCUAAGAUCCAUUGAACAGUCCCGGAACCGACGCAUAGACCAGCUGAAAGGCCAGGUGGAAGAGUACAGGGGCAUGUUGGAGAACAGUGGUUUGGUCGGCUACGCCCAGGAGGUGCUGAAAGAGACGGAUCAGUCCUGCUUUGUCCAAACUGCAAAACAGCUGCAUGUCAGGAUUCAAAAAGCCACAGAGUCACUGAAGACCUUCCAUCCCUCAGCUGACCCUUGCUUUGAUGAGUUUGUGCUGGACACAUCUAAAGAGGAGACCCUGCUGAAAGAGAUGUGUUUUGGUGGAGUUCCAGAUCCUCCUCUGAUUGACUUCUCCCAAAGCAGAGUUUAUAACGAGGCGUCGAUCUGCUGGAGGCUGCCAGAUGACCAUCUACCAACCGAUCACCAUGUUCUCGAGUACCGCAAACUUGGUGGACCAAGCCAGCCCCCAUCCCAUGAGGAUACUGAGGACGGUUGUGUCUGGAGGGCUACAGACAGGGUGUAUGGAUCCAGUGCUGUGGUGCAAGACCUGCAGCCAGACAGUCGAUACGCCUUCAGAGUUCGAAGCUGCAGAAACUCCAUGUUUAGCCCGUACAGCCCAGAGGUCUCCUUUCACACUCCACCUGCUCCUGUUUUUAGCUUCCUGUUCAGCGAUAAGUGUGGAUUUAGCACUGAGCGCCUCAUCCUGAACAAUCGACGAGACACGGUGGAGAGCGUGGCAGGCAUGGCUUUCCUCCUUGCAGCAGAACGAGUGCAAAUGGGCAGCUACCUGGGUCUGGAUUACAUCAUUGGGGACACCGGCAUCUCUCAGGGGAGACACUACUGGGCCUUUAAGGUGGAGCCUUACUCUUACAUGGUUAAGGUGGGCGUAGCUUCUGACACCAAGCUGAUUGAAUGGUUCCACAAUCCAAGAGACACCAGCAGCCCAAGGUAUGACCAUGACAGCGGGCAUGACAGUGGCAGCGAGGACGCAUGCUACGAGCUCUCCCAGCCCUUCACCCUCAUCACCCUGGGCAUGGGCAAACUCUUCAUCCCCAAGGCCUCUUCUUCCUCCUCUGUUUCCAAUGCAAACGUAUCAUCUGGCGACCCAGGCAAUCGAGUCCUCCCCAUGCCGCAGCGCUUGGGUAUAUGCUUGGACUAUGAUGCGCAUCGGGUGUAUUUUUAUGACGCAGACACCAUGAGGUGCCUUUUUGAGAGGCAGGUCGACUGUUCGGGAACGAUGUUUCCAGCCUUUGGUCUCAUGGGCAGCGGGAAGGUCCAGCUUGAGGAGUUCAUCACUGCUAAGAAACUGACCUUCUGAGGAAAGAUGGAAGCUGAUGGGCUUACAAUUGUUCUGGGGGGUAUUUUCUGUGAAGAGCUAUGAGGUGGUUUGUCAUGCGAGGGUAAAACUGAACCCUCUUGUUUUUUUUAAGAUGAGCCAGAUAUCAAGGUGUUUUAAAUUUUUUUUUCCUUUUCCCCCACAUGUCUAUGACUGAAAGCUGCUCCAAACUAACUGUUCACAUGUAGAUGACUUUGGAGAUUGAUAUGAAAGGUCAUUUUUACAAACCAAAGUCUCUGUAUCUGAAUCGUUGCUUUUAUUUACCAGCUGGGCUCAGCUGUUACUCAACUGGCUACAGAAUUGGUAGUCGCUUUAAAUCUUUGUUUUAACAUAAUACACGUUACACUGGGACACUGCUUUAAUAGUCUAGGUUAUUUCUUUUUUUUUUUUUUUUUUUUAAUAGUGCUUGUUGGGAUUGGGUGGCUUUGUGUGGAAGUAGCAGCACAUGUUUAGAUGUACCAUGGCAGGAUCUUAUAAAGGGUUUUUGUUUUGAAGAUCGUGCCUUUGUGCCUUUUUUUUUUUUUUUUUUUAACCCAUUAUGGAAAUUUAUCGCAGUAUUGCGUAUUGCUUUUAUACCUACCAGUUUACUCUAGUUUAUCCGUGAAAACACUACUUUUACUAGUUUCAGUGUCACAUUUAGCUGUUUUGCACAUUGAGUAAAUUGAUGCACAAAAUCCAACACUUUCAUCACUGCUUAUUUUGAUUUUUUUUUUGUGUUAAAUAUUAGCACAGCUGUAAAUUUAUGGAUGUCUUGCAUUCACAAGCCGUUCUAUUUUUGUUAGAUAAUGUGAAUGUCACCUUUUUUUUUUUUUAAAUGCACAGAACUCUAACUUUACAUCGGUGUUAUCCAGGUACCAGUCUACUGCUUAAUAGCAGAUGAACAGCCUAAAUUUUUUGGCUCUGGUGCUUAUUUAAAGUGCAACACACACUGCUUUGUCACCUCACAGCCUUUUAAGAGUUUAAAGAAAGCAUUUAUCCAGGUUCGUCCAAAAAGUGCUAUCACAAAAUGGUACCUUAAGUCUGGGGCACAGCCAUCAGGUUUGCCGGUCAAGGAGUAGACUAGGUGGGUAAUGAAUAUUAGCUCAGUAGAUGGGCUGAAAGGUUUGCUUGGACUACACACAUUUGUUGUUAGAUAUUGUCUGCACAUGGUUUGGUUUGUACAUCUUGUGUAUAUUUUGUGAUUUCUGGAGGGUUAGGGUAACCAGUUUCUGUGUUUCUCAGGUUUUUAGCCCAGAUUGUGGCUUGAUGCUACCUACCUCUGUCACUCUGCCCUGGAAAACCUUAACUGCUGUCCCUUUCCUGACAGAAACCGCUUGGGUUGAUCUUUAAACUUCCAUUUUUCUUAAUAUAGGUGAUUAUCUAAAUUGUUUUAUUUAUGUAGGACAUUAAGCUGACAUUUUUCAACUGUACAUAAUCUGGAUUUUUCAGUGAAAUAAAGUACAUGAUAAAUGUUGGGUGUUACUGUAUGGAUAUGUUGGCCUGGUUAUCUGCCUUUGUCAAGGGAUUUAUUUUGUUUCAAUUGAACCAACUUCCUCUCUUCCUGUUCAUAGUGUUGUAUAACAUUUUUUGCUUUUGGUGUAUGAAAUGUUAAUAAAUUUGUUUUUAACUAUUAACAGACAUUUUCUCCCAUUUCAAAGUGAAUUAUUUGAUUUCUAUGAUUCAAGGCUUAUGAUGUCCCAUGUGUUUGUAUCUGUUGUCCAUCCAGUCCUCAAAGCUGAAAUCAUUUUUUUGUUUUUUAAUUGACUUACUCCAAAAUCUAUGCAUUUAUUAAUUGGCAGCGAGAGCAUAGUUUGAUUCUUGCACAGAAUGUAUCCUUUUCAAAACAAAUGGCUGAAUGUUCUUUUAUAUGCAAUAUUGGUUAGGACUUGUAGCACGUCAUAAUGCUUAACCUAUUGGACUUCAGAUAAUGAUGCAUCCUAUAUAUUGGAUUUAAAUGGUAGAUCUGGUACUCAAAUGCACAGAUUGGCUUCUUGUUUAAUGAGAUUGCACUUUAGUGAGCUGUAGCAUGUCUGCAAACGUUAUGUUCUUCAAACUAGUGUUCAAGUGCAAUGUUUUAAAAGAAGUGAGACAAGCGGACACCUGAGCCUUUAAUCACAAUUGCACUGUUUAUGAGCUGUUUUGUGGUGAAAAUGGGCUUCGUAUCCAGAAAAGUAAACUUUAAAUGCUUCAUAACAAUCUUUUAUUGGAACUCUAAUCAUGUGUUUUCUUAUGAGGGUUGGAUGUGGUGUUGGUGAAUUUGAUAUAUACUGUAUGGUACGUUAAGAUAUGGAAAGGGUUUAUAUUUUUUUGCUGUGUAGGUGCUUCAAUGA